ACCAUUUUUGUGUAAAAUAUUUUACACUUUGAACAGCUAUUGCUGCUUUCACUUGUCCCAUUUUCUUCUCCUUCGUUGGAAGCCCGUGAUUUUCAAUUCCAGAAAAUUUUCAUCAAUCCAAUAAAUACAUUGGUUUUAUAAUUGUGUGAUUCUGAUGGGGCACCAUGAGACAAGUUCUUCUAGAAGUAGGGACAGGUCUCCCUCACAGCAGAGGCACAGGCAUCGGCGUAAGGGCCGGGAUUUGGAUAGAGAAAUGUCAUCUGAAAAAAGAGAACGAAGGUCAGGAAGAGAUGUAACUGAGCAUAGGUCUCCUAGGCUGAGACACGAUUACUCCUAUUCGGCUUCAGAUCAUCAAAGCAUGGAUCAUCACAGAUCCAGUUCAAAUUUUAAUGUAGAUACAGAAAGACAAAAUGAGGUCUUCGACCCAACUGGUUCCGAAAACCGGAAGGACAGAGAUGUUAGCAUGGCUAAAACGAAGGCAGAUGAAAAGGACCUCGAAGCUAAAGAGGAGCAUAUGACAUUGUUAGAGAUGUCCGGAGAUCCUACUACAGAAUCUAAACAACUCACAGCUGAGGGAAGAAUGGAGGAAACCAACAUUUCACUGGAAUAUAGUAGCGACAUGAAGAAGGCAAGACUCCAUUCAACACUGGUUGCUCUCCUCAACGAUCCUGUGCUUGCUGAUAUACCAAAAGAACCAACUCUGACAGAUGUGGACACCCUUAUCAGCUUGGAACUUGGGAGUGCCAUGCGUAUCUCUAUACUCAAAUUGGAUGGCAGCUCCUUUGAUGUGACAGUGAUGAAUUCCGCAACAGUUAAAGACUUGAAACAAGCUGUUCGGAAAAGGAUUGAUUACACCGAGCAAUCUAAGAUGGGCCAUCGGCACAUUUCUUGGAGGCAUGUCUGGUCAAAUUUUUGCCUUUUAUUCCACAAUGAGAAGUUGCUAGAUGAUACCGCUAAACUUCAGGACUACGGCAUUAGGAACAAUGCUCAGGUGCAAUUCAUUCCCUACGUCAUCUCGAGGGCCUAUAAGAGGCAUUCAAAGAGGAGAAAGCACAGAUUCUUUCAUGGCCUAAGCAAAAAGGGGCGAACAACAGAUUGAAUCAGGGGUUAGAUUACUGCAUACUCUUAACUACAGAAUCAGCUUCUGAGAUGAAACCAUUAUUGUAAUAACAAUAUCUAUGAUUAUUAGAUCUUAAUAUAUAAUUAAUAGUCUAUUUGAUAUCCAAC